UACACUUUACAAUGGAUACUCAAGAAGCAACAACUGUUUUCCUGGUGCUGUGUAUUUCCUGCUUUCUCUUCUUCGCAAGCUGGAGAAAGAGGUCUGGAAAUGGGAAGCUGCCACCUGGACCAGUUUCUUUUCCCAUCGUAGGGAACGCACUGCAGCUGAAAACCAAGAAUUUGUCCAGAACCCUCCACAAGCUGAGUGAGACAUAUGGUCCAGUGUUCACAGUGCACUUUGGAUCUGAGCGUGUUGUGGCGCUGCAUGGAUACGAGGCUGUGAAGGAGGCACUGAUUGAUCGUGCAGAUAAGUUUGCUGCCAGAGGACGCAUGCCCAUUGGUGACAAGUUUAACAAUGGAUUAGGGAUUGUUUUUAGCAAUGGGGAGCGAUGGAAGCAGCUCCGUCAAUUUGCUCUCACCACCCUGAGGAAUUUUGGGAUGGGAAAAAGAAGCAUUGAGAUGCAGAUCCAGGAAGAAGCCCAGUAUCUGGUGAAGAAGCUCAGCAGCACCCAGAAAAUGCCCUUUGACCCCACCUUCCUGCUCAGCUGUGCUGUGUCCAACAUCAUCUGCUCCAUCAUCUUUGGGAAGCAUCGUGACUACGAAGACAGGAAGUUUCUAACUUUGAUGGGUUUGAUGAAUGACAUUUUCCAUGUUGUAAGCUCCCACUGGGGACAGUUGUACCAGUUGUUCCCAUCUCUCAUGGAUGUCUUACCUGGCCCUCACAAGAGGAUGUUCAAAAAUGUGGAUGAGCUGAAAAAAUUCAUCUCAGAAGAGGUGAAGAAACAUCAAGACUCUCUAGACCCCAGCUCCCCUCAGGAUAUUAUUGACUGCUUCCUCACCAAGAUGGAACAGGACAAACACAAUGACAAGUCUGAAUUUUACCUGGAGAACCUGGUAGCUACAACAUUUGACUUGUUCAUUGCGGGAACAGAGACACCUAGCACUACACUGAGAUAUGGACUCCUGAUACUCCUGAAAUAUCCAGAGAUACAAGAGAAAGUUCAGAAGGAGAUUGACUUUGUGAUUGGCCGAACGCAAAGUGCCUGCAUGGCUAAUCGAAGCCAGAUGCCCUACACAGAUGCCGUAGUACAUGAGAUCCAACGGUUUAUCGCCGUUAUCCCUCUAGGACUUCCCCACACUGUGAGCCAAGACACCCCAUUCAGACAAUACAUCAUUCCUAAGGGCACCACUAUUUAUCCCAUUCUGAGCUCUGUCCUUCAUGACAGCAAAGAAUUCCCAGAUCCUGAACAAUUUAACCCAGAACAUUUCUUGAAUGAAAAUGGCACCUUUAGGAAAAGCAACUUCUUCAUGCCCUUCUCUGCAGGGAAACGGAUCUGCCUGGGAGAGAGCCUGGCUCGCAUGGAGAUAUUUUUAAUCUUGGUCACCAUUUUGCAAAACUUUACCUUGAAACCACUCAUUGAUCCCAAGGAAAUUGACAUUAGCCCAGAAAUGAGUGGCUUUGGUAAUGCACCCAAACCUUACCAGCUCUGUGUUCUCCCUCGGUAAGGAAUAUGGCAGAAACCUCCUGUGUUUUGCUUCUGGGCAUUUGUUCAGCUGUACAUAAGGCUGAUCUCAGUGUGAGAAGCAAUAAUAGAAAUAUGCCUUCCUGCCUAAGCCCACUGGAACAAAGUUCCCAGAAAGAGUGAUAGACUUUUCAAGUACAAGCUAAGAACUAGGAAGUGUAGGAGAGAAAGCUGGAUCUCAAAACCCUCUGUAAUAUAAACUGCGAAACUCAAGUGUAACACUGUCACCUACAUAAAUCUUUUUGUGAUAGUGUUGGGAUGAUGUUGUAGCCAUGGUCCAGGAAAAAUGCAAGAAGCAAGGAUUUUUGUGGGAGAUAUCUUUUGUACAAUCGGUCUGUUAAAAUAUAUCAUCUACAAAAAUCCUAAACUUUUUGUUAGCUUAGUGGCAUAUACACAGCAACCAGGAAAUUAAUAAUCUCUACAAGGUUCCAGCUUUGUCUCUUAGCCAGAAGUAUGUCCAUCUCACCAGGCAUAAUAAAAUAUAAGAGCUUGUUUUAAUGCUUAUAACCGG